AUGGCUACCAGGACUCUCCGAGUUGCGAGUAAGGUGAUGAAGCAGAAGGACAUCUUACGGCAGCGGGAUACAAUGCGGGAGGUGGUUGAGAGGAGUGUUGCAGGUUUGAGCGGGGAAUCCCUGCAGCUGCUGUCAGAGCUUCGUGGAGAGGAGUUUGCAGAUUCGGAGACGAGCAGGGAUGUGAACGAAUCGGCAAUGUUACCAAUCGAAGGGGAUGACCAAAUGGACUGGGAGACCCUCCCGGAUGACGCAGAAGGCUCAUUUGCACAUGCCGUGCGGGACAUUAUUUGCAGUCGAUGGAAGACACGGUGGUACAAGGACACCCGCACCUGGCGACUUAGGCUCGAGCGUGCACAAGCAAAUUGGGCUCCCCUCAUCAGUAGCCUUACUGAUCUCUACCUCUCAUGGUGCCAUCUUCCUCUGCAGCCUUGUGACUCUCCGCUCCAUCAUGAUCCAGAGGCCUGUAGUCAAGAUGAUGAAGACUACAGCUUUACAAUUGAGGUGAUCGACAUUUAUUCCCUCGUCAUGUCAGUGCACGUACCACGGACAAGGGAGAGCCGCUCGCAGGCUGAGGCAAUUGCAGCUCAAGGCUAUCUUCCUACCACGCCCAUCUCGCCCACUCUCGCAAUUUCAUACAAAACUCUCGAAUUAUUCCGCCGGCUGCGUCUUCGGAAGCCAUCAUUUAGUGCAGAAGCUUUUACCAAGGUAAUAUGUGAUUAUUACGCGAUUCCAUAUCGCCGAAGGUAUCGCUCGGCAUUGAGUGAUGCCUUUGACAUUUACCUCUCGAUACAUCGCGUUAUCGACAAGCGUGUUCAGGCAGAACUUGGCCGUGGAACUCCGGACUGGCGUGUGCUCAAUGCCUGUCCAGCAUGCUGCUAUGAGCUUGAGGACGAGCCAGAUUUGAAGAUCGGCCGUAUGUACUGCUUCGAUGGCAACAACUCCCUCAAGCGCUUGGCCAAGGUCGGCGAGCGCAACGUUGGCGACACCCGGUGUUUUGAAGACAGCGAUUACUUUCUAUCGCAAGACUUCGUAAACCAGUUCGCAGACGAAGUGAAGUCGAGUCGCAGUCAGGUCGCACAAGAAGUCGAGCCGCAAAUCCUCCCAAGAGGCCAGGAUGAAGAACAGUUCGAUGACGCUGAGGGUGACCAAACGGACGCAAUCAGCAGUGAUCCGGUGACGCGUGGAUGUAUGCAGAACUGGAAGUCUGCAGCAGCGGAGGACAAGAAGAAGAUGUGGGGGAUUUUUGAUGAGACCGGGAUCUUCGCUAGUGCAUGCCGCCACGGUUUCAUACUGUGGAUCGCGGACAUGGUCCGUAGUGGCGAGUUAGCAAAAUACCCUCUGGCCAUGGUGGCCAAGGUACUCCAGCUUCUCGGACCACGAUCCAUGGGCGGGUACGACAUUGGGUGUAGCUUCACGCACACCAUACAUGACAGCUCGCUCAGUCCCGAGUUCCGCCAUCUUCAAGCCCGCCUGUGUGUCAACGCCUUCCAUGGUUACACGCAUAACCAUGCCUGUCAGACGCAGAACCACCCGAACGUCAUCGAAGGCAUGGGGCUCGAGGAUUUGGAGACCAUGGAGCGUAUUUUUAGUAAGUCCAAUGAGGUUGCACCUGUCACUCGAUAUGCAAGCCGCUAUCGUCGGCGAACAUUCGUCGACAUGUUCUUCGGGCAGUGGGACGCCGAUCGGUACCUCAGUCUGGGCAAUUUUCUUUACAAUAACUAUCGACAAGCUCUUGAUAUCCUCAACAACGAUGCGCAAGUCCUUGACGAAGCAGUGCGUUCACUAGACAUUGGAGAUGGCGACCUCGACAAGUGGCAGAAGGAGGAAACUGAGUAUUUCUCAGUGUUAGGUCAAGAGCCUGAGUGGGAUGUCCACGCUGUAGCAUACGUCGAGUUAUUGCAAGAACAUUAUGCAUUAGAAACGCGCCAUGUCGACACCACCUCUCUCUUCCUGACAUCCACUCCGGCAGAUUACGAGUUCCUGCCCCCGCCGACACGUCCUUCUCCCAGCCGCAUCUAUAAUCACGAAUUGUCCCAAACGCGCAGACUGGAGACACAGCGGCGGCAUAUUGCAGAACGCCGUCAGCAGGUUUUACGUGAUGUCAUCGCCAUGGAGGUGCACAUGGGAAUUGUCAACCGCUGGCAGACAACCUCAACAGAGUAUAUCGAGACCCUGCAGUAUGUGAAGCUGCGUGAGUAUCACCGCGCACUCGACAACUUGCAACGCCUGGUGGUGCAGCGGCUUUUUGAGCUGCACAACCUUAAUCUCGCGCAAACAGCUUAUCGUGUCCGUACUCACAUGGCUAAGUCACUGCAAACUCGGUGCAGAGCGAUCCGGAAUGCCGUCAAUGUCUACAAUGCACUCGCAUGUCAAAUGGAUCCACCCCGCCCAACUCUGGAUUGGAGCAAGGUCACUCACUACAGCUUCCUCGAGGAAUUCAACCUCCUCCGCGAUACACGCAACGACAUCCGCGACAAGCCCUGGACACGUCCAGAUAUUCGUGCAGUCAUGAAGCAGGCUCGACGCGUCGCACGCGCACGUGAAGAAAUUCAGCGGCUAGACGUUGAAGUGCGUCGCGUUCACACGUCUAUCUAUGAUGAGGUAUGGGCCUUCGAUAUUACCCUUGCCCGACUCAAGGACAGAAAUGAUCCACUGUAUGGUGCCGUCAAUGACUUCUGCCAUCGCCGCCGCCGUGUCAACACUUGGAUCCUUGCUCGACUUAAACAGAUACAUGCCCUUGACAAGUUCACAGGUAACGGACAAGUGGGCACUAGAAAAGGUGCCUCAGUCCGCACAGACAAUGGGCGGUCUUUAGAUUUGUGUACCGUUCACGAGCUUGAAGAGCUCGAUCAUGAGGAGCGCGCGGAGGAUCCACAGGAUAACCUAGGCGAAGAUGAGGACUCGAGUGGCGAUAUUGGUGGUAUUGUUGACUACGUAGUGAAUCUGCCUGUUCGUGAACUGUGA